CAGAAACUUCAGCAAUAACGUCCCCUGAAGUGAAUUGGGGCUUGGAGUCAAUUCUGUGAAGACGGAGCUCGGGAUCUGUGCCAACUAGAUGAAAAUCGUAAGCAAAUUCGCCGAGGUAAGCAUCGUCAAUACCGAUGAUUUCGGCCUCUUCGCUAGCCCUCAACCUCAAUCCAGGGAUGAAGUGAAGUAACCAGCAGAUGAUGGUGGUCAUGACAAAGGUGUAAGCGAAACCAGCGGUCAAAUCGGCCAUCUGGUAACCAGCCUGUAUCCAGUAAUGGCUGACCCAGCCACCGGGGAUAUCGGUGAUACCGUCAAAGCCGGCCACAGAACCUUGGGCGAAGAGACCGGUAAGGAAGCAACCGACCAUGCCGCCAAUCCCGUGAGAAGCAAAGACAUCGAGAGUCUCAUCAACGCCAAUGAGAAACUUGAGCUUGGUGGCAAAGUUACAGGCGAUGGCGGUAAUCGCACCGAUGGCAAGAGCAGCUGGGGAACCGACGUAGCCAGCAGCAGGGGUGAUACCGACCAAACCAGAAAUAGCACCGGAGCAGAAGCCAACAGCGGACCAUUUGCGUUCAAGCCUGUAGUCCAAGAACAUCCAGACCAAACCACCGACAGAGGCAGAAAGGUUGGUGACGAUACAAGCCUGAACAGCCCUCAAGUUGGCAGAAAGAGCGGAACCACCAUUGAAGCCGAACCAACCGAACCAGAGGAAAACGGUGCCGAUAACAACGAAAGCAGUGUUGUGGGGCUUGUAGGCGAGUCGUUCAGUGCCGUAGCCUCGACGCUUGCCGAGGUACAAGGCGAUAGCCAGAGAGGCAGUACCAGAAGAGAUGUGAACGGGGGUCCCACCAGCAAAGUCGAGACCGCCCAUGACAAAAGACCAGCCGUUGGGGUUCCAUGUCCAGCAAGCGAGAGGGCAGUAGACGAGGGUGAGCCAGCAGAAGAGGAAGACCAUAACGGGACCGAUACGAGACCGUUCAGCGAAACCACCAAUGGCGAGGACACCAGUGAUAAGCUACAGUUUACACAGAAGAGAAGAGCAGGGAUUCGGUCAGAACCGGCAGAAGGCUCUGCGAGAACUCCCUUCAGACCAAAGUAUCGCAAGUCGCCAAUGUAUCUGAUACACCGUCAGCAGUCUUCACUGUAAGAUAUUAUUGUGACGUCAACUCACUUGGAACCAGUAUCAGAAAAAGCAAUCAAAACAACUUACCCCAGAAGAACCACUGGAAAGACCCGACGGCAACACCAGCCAUAGACAGGAAGAUCAUUGAUAAUGCAUUCUUCCGUCUUAACAGGCCAGAGUAAAAGAGACCGACACCGGGAACCAUGAUCCAGACGAGGGCCAUGGCGGCGAUGACUAAGGGUGGUGUCAGCCAUUUUGACGGAUGAAAACUGAGGAUGACACGACUCACCGAAAGACAUGUCACCGAGAUUGUAAAGAUACUGAGUGCCAUCGUCGGCAGUGUAAAUCAUGUCCGAAGACGAGUCUGUAUAGGUCACGUUGACCAUAUUGAAUGGGAAUUGCUGUUGUUGUAGUGCGAGACGGAAAACGGAAGGUCAAUAAUUGUCCAAGUAAAGAAAAGGAAGAAAGAAAGAUGGAAAAGAGAAAACAGGAAUUGCAUUAGAAUAAGUAUUGGGCCUGGGAGAACGAUAAAGGGGGAAGGAAUCGGAAGAUGAAAGAGAAAGGGGGUAGAUACCACAACAAGACGGCUGCCCCUCAUUGGCCAGUCAAUCCUUAUCUAUCCCCGCGUUGAAAGAUGCCUCAUCUUCUGAGCUCCGGAGGCGACUAGCAUUUACGCGUCUUAAUG